UUGCUAAGGUUUUCCCGAGUACGCGCCGACGGCACGGAUACGCGCACUCCAGAUUCCGUCCUCUGUUAGACAUGGCGGCGGAUCUAAACCCAGACUGGCUCUCUUGCCUGCCUUCUUCUUGGAGUUAUGGGGUUACUCGGGACGGAAGGAUAUUCUUCUUCAAUGAAGAAGCCAAGAGUACGACCUGGCUGCAUCCCGUCACCGGAGAGGCCGUCAUAACGGGGCACAGAAAAACCCCAGAUUUACCAACGGGAUGGGAGGAGGGAUAUACGUUCGAAGGAGCCCGCUGCUUCAUCAAUCACAAUGAGCGGAAGGUGACCUGUAAGCAUCCAGUCUCUGGUCUUCCUUCACAAGACAACUGCAUCUUUGUCGUCAACGAACACGUGACUUCUGCAAAGCUUGUCCACCCCGUUACAGAUCCUGGUACAGUCAACCCUGUUACGGUCAACCCUGUUACGGUCAACCCUGUUACGGCCAACCCUGUUACGGCCAACCCGGUUACAGACCCUAUUACAGACCCUGUAUCAAACAGGCCAAAGGCUCAAGAGCAGGCUCCAUCAGAGGAGAGUGACAGAGUGAAGAAGGAGCGCCCGAUGAGCACCAUGAGCGAGGCGUCGAACUUCACAGGAGGGUCAGACUACAGCACCUACCCUGGCAGCAGCCCCGCCACACGGCCUUCGAGGUCUUACAAAAAGGUCCACAACUUUGGCAAGAGGUCAAACUCGAUUAAGAGGAACCCCAAUGCCCCGGCGGUCAAGAGCAACUGGCUUUACAAACAGGACAGCACGGGGAUGAAGCUAUGGAAGAAGAGGUGGUUUGUGCUGUCUGACAUGUGCCUGUUUUACUAUAGAGAUGAGAAGGAGGAGGGCAUCCUGGGUAGUAUCCUGCUGCCCAGCUUCCACAUCUCCAUGCUGUCUGUCGACGACCACAUCAGCAGGAAAUACGCCUUCAAGGCGACCCACUCCAACAUGAGGACCUAUUACUUCUGCACAGACACGGCCAAAGACAUGGAGUCCUGGAUGAAAGUGAUGACGGACGCAGCCCUGGUCCACACAGAGCCAAUCAGAAGACUGGAUAAGUUGAAGGUGGACCGCUGCUGUCCCCAGGAGGUGAACAACAUCCUGAACCACAACCGGGUCCUGACCAGGCCAGAGAUCCAGAACAACGAGAGGAACCGUGAGCCGCACCAGCCCUCCCUCACCCGCAGCAUGGACCGCACGGACGGGGACAGGAAGCACAACACCCUCCAGAGAGAGAGGGAACGCUACACGCUGCAGAGAGACGGCGAGAGAUACUCCCUUCAGAAAGACGGGGUGAGCUACACGCUGCAGAGAGACGGAGAGAGGUACCUGUUGCAGAAAGACGGAGAGCGGUACGCCCUGCAAAAAGACGGGGAGCGGUAUUCCUUGCAGAAAGACGGAGGCGAACGAUGUGCUGUGCAGAAAGAUGUUCAGAUGGAGAAGUACGCACCUCAGAAAGACGGGGAGAAGUACUUGGUACAGAAAGAUGGAGAGAGAUAUGCACUGCAAAAAGGAGAGCGAUACACCCUCCAAAAAGAUGGACAGAAAUACAACCUCCAGAAAGGGGUAGAGAGACAAACGUCUAUGACUGAGAAAGAUCGGUCAGAUCGUUAUGGGACCCUUGAUGAAAGGCAGAAGUAUAAAACCCUACGGGAAGGAAGUAAGUGUGGUACCCUGAGGGAUGGAGAUAAGUAUGGGACGCUCGAUAAGUAUGGUACGCUUAGGGAAGUGGAUAAGUAUGGAACCCUCCGUGAAGGGAACAAGUAUGGAUUCCAGAGGGAUGGCAGUGCUGAGAGGCCUCUGACUAAAAUCAACAGCAUCAAGCUCCAACCAGCCCAGGCAGCAGCCAUCGCAGCAGCAGUUACAGCCUCCCGCCAGGUACAGGUCUCCCAGCACAUGGCCCCACCACAGGUCAAUGGCUCUGGGGAGCGGGCUGGGGACCACAGCCCAGGGGAGGUGGUAGGCACCAUGGGGAGAGGAGCAGGAAAGGCCCAGGACCCGCCUCCGAACCAGACCCAGAACCAGCAGGCCCAGGAGCCAGAGAAGAGUCUGACCAGAACCAACUCCAUGAGGCAGCUGGAGAACUGGGUUAGGACCCAGAGGACACAAGAGGAGGACGAUACCAGGAGCAUCACCUCCUACCAGACCUUACCCCGCAACAUGCCCAGCCACCGUGCCCAGAUCGUUCCCCGCUACCCCGAGGGCUACCGUACCCUCCCCAGGAACAUGCUGUCCCGACCCGAGAGCAUCUGCAGCAUGGCCGGCUCCGUCUACGACAGCGCCCUGGCUCCCACGUCCAACUCAGACAAGAGGCGCUCCAUGAGGGACGACACCAUGUGGCAGCUGUAUGAGUGGCAGCAGAGGCAGGCCUUCUCCAGGCAGGGCCCACCACCACCAGGCCACUACGGGACCCUGCCCAGCCCCAAGACCAUGGGGAACAUCUCUGUGCACCAGGGGGUGGCCCACUCCAUCCCCACAUCCCCCUCCCAUGGAUCCCUGGCCCUCUACCACACCUUCUCCCCUCCGGGCCAGCACCGCAGAGACAACCCACCAGGGUCAACCAGGUCCGAGGUGUCCUCACCCGUCUUCAGAGGGGACCAGACUAUGACUGUAGACCGCAGGCACAGGACUCACCUCACCAAGUAUAACUACCCACCUGACCGCCGGUCCAUGCCAGCAGGCAUCCCAGUGCAGACCAUUACCCCACAGUCACUACAGGGCAAGACGCCAGAGGAGCUGACCCUGCUGCUAAUAAAGCUGCGUCGGCAGCAGGCUGAGCUCAACAGCAUCCGGGAGCACACUGUGGCUCAGCUAAUGAUCCUUAGCAUGGAGGGGCCCAACGCCAAGAGUGAGGUCCUGUCUCAUCACCUUCAGAGGAACCUCAUGUAUCUGGACAGCCAGACGAAGGACAAUGAGCCGUUAAUCUUCAUGAUUCACACUAUGAUUGAGAACUCUGCUCCAAGGCCUCAACUGUACCAGCAAAUCAGCCCCGAGGACUACAAAGACAACUCCUACAGCCACCAGAGGCCAGAGGACAUAGACACUAAGCUGAGCAGACUAUGUGAGCAGGACCAAGUGGUGAGAACACAGGAAGAGAAACUACAGCAACUACACAGAGAGAAGCACACCCUGGAGACGGCUUUGCUGUCUGCCAGUCAGGAGAUAGAGCAGAGCUCUGACAACCCAGCAGCUGUACAGAGCCUUAUACAGCAGAGAGACGUACUGCAGAAUGGACUGCUCAGUACCUGUAGAGAACUGGCACGAGUCAACACUGAGUUGGAGCGGUCGUGGAGGGAGUAUGAUAAAAUGGAGUCUGGCGUCUCUCUGGCCAAAACCAACCUGUUGGAACAGCUAGAGGCCCUGGGCAGCCCACAGACGGAACCUCCCAGCCAGCAGCAUGUCCACAUCCAGAAGGAGCUGUGGAGGAUCCAGGAUGUGAUGGAGGUUCUGGCCAAGAACAAACCCCAGAGGACCACUGACACUGGUUUCCUUGGUUCCAAACCCAUCUCAAACCUACAGAAGAACGAGCAAGGCCCAGACUACCGUCUGUAUAAGAGUGAGCCAGAGCUGACCACUGUAGCUGAGGAGGUGGACGAUAACAACGGAGAGGACAAUGACAAGGACAGACUACAGACAGGGCUGACCACUGACAAGGAGCCUGCGGCCACUAAAGUCCUAUUAGGAGUACCAGUCUACCCAGUGGGUAUCGUGCCCCCCAGGACCAAAUCCCCCAUGAUCCCCCCAGAGUCCUGCACCAUCGCCUCCUACGUCACCCUGAGGAAGAGCAAGAAGUCUGACCCCAGGACUGACCGUCCUCACAGUGCGGUGGAGCAGACGUGCGGACCGGGGGAGAGGGAGAGCGGCAGAGCCAGGAUGAGUGUAGAGGAGCAGCUGGAGAGGAUCAGGAGACACCAGCAGGCCUCGCUCAAGGAGAAGAAGAGAAGUAGCAGCAGUAUUUCCCCCUCACGCUCUCCAUCCUUCUCCAAGGAGAACCCCUUCAUUACACAGGUCAGGCGAGAGGUGGUGUUCUCCAGAGGCACCCAGGAGCUGGAGGCAGCACUGCAAGACCUGGAGGAGGUCAGAGACCGAGUUACAGAGCAGCUGGAGAGGGACAGAACUGCAGCCGUGGAGCUGGAGAGAGACCGAGGUGCAGAACUGGAGCUGCAGAGAGACAGAGCUGCAGCAGCUGCUGAAGAAGAAAUGGAGAGGGGUCGAGCUGCAAUAGAAAAACUGGAGCGAGACAUGACUGAGGUGGCUGCAGUGGUGGAGCAGGAGAUGGCCAGGACUGCUGUGGCUGUAGAAGAGGAGUUGGACAGGGCUGCAGAAUUGGAGCUGGAGAGAGACCGGGCCGCAGUGGCAGCAGCUGCAGAAGAAUUGGAGAGGGCUAGAGCUGCAGCUGAAGAACUAGUCAGAGGGAGGACUGCAGUGUCUCCAGAAGAGGCGCUGGAUAUUGACACGGCUGCAGUGGUGGAGUUGGAGAUGGAAAUCACUGUGGUGGAGGAGAUCAGCUACAGAGCUGAGGAGGUGGAUGUCAUCCCUGUCCCCAGGAUGAGUGAGGAGGAGCCACAGCCCCGGACGGAGAGCUCCAACAUGGACACAGAGGUGUCAGAGACCCAGGUGAUGGUGAUAUCAGAUCAGGGUGUGAAGCCCUUGUAUGUACAGUACCUGAUCCCUGGACAACAUCAACAGCAGGGGGAGAGGGAGACAGAGAGGAGAAACACCCACACUCCCAGCACCCUCAUUCCCCACAACAGUUUGCCAGCUGCUGUGUCAGAAGCACUGACUCCUGAACCUGAGGAGGAUGUGAUGCAGAGUGAGGCGAUGCGAGGGGAGGCCCCGGAGCAUGAGACCCAGGGGAACAACAUUGACAUAUCCUAUGAACUACCAGCAGAGGGAGCUAAACUCAACAACCUGAUGGCAGUGAAAAGCCUGCCCUGUCCGCCCCAGUCCUCCUCUCCUUCUCCUCCUCAACUCACUGACGGAUCCCACUUCAUGUGUGUGUAGACGUGUCGAGGAGGUGGUUAUGUGAACUCAACUACACUCACCCAGACAUUGACCUUUGUGAGCAGUGACUCAUAAGCGAUGCCAGUCUGAAGAUCCAAGAUGGCAUCCUACAGAGCCAAGAUGGCACCAGUCAGCCUGCACAGAGCAUGCCCAGUAGCUCUCUGUGUGUAUACAGUAGAAACGACUGUAGCCAGACAGACAGAAAGAGUAGAUCCACAGGCCUGCUCGUAUUACUUACUGCCUGCCUACACAAUAACUGCGAUACAAAACUCUCUCAUUCACACAGAGAUCUCAGAGGACAAGAUAGUAUUACAGGGUGAUAAUUGAUUAUUAUUACAGGUAUUAUGAUGAUCUGUUAUUUUGGACAUGUUCUGUGAGGAUGCGUUGAGUGUCUAUGAGCUGAGCACUGCUGUAACGAGGAGGGGACUGUACAGUUGUAAAUAAGAACAUUAGAAGAGUCUCACACUGGGAAGAUCUCAAUUGCAUACUCCUCGUGUCCUGUCUCCUCGUCUCCUUCUCAAAACCCACUGGAGGAGAAGGUCAGAGGGGAGGGACCUCUGGCUUUGUCAUCCAAUGGGUUUUGAGAAGGAGACGAGGACCUGAGGACUCGAGGAGAAUGCAUUUGAGAUCGUCACACGCUAUGGAGAGGGCCAAGCAACAAAUCUACACACACGAAGGCAGUGCUUUACUUUAACCACACGGGGGCGCCAAUAUUCUCUUACGGGUUUUAUUUUUUUUACUGGUUUUACUCCCAUAUACGUUUUUAACCUGAGGCCCUAAAAGUUUAAUUUUCCACAUAUUCUACACUGCACAUUCCCCAUUGUUCAUACACAUUGUUAAUAUAUAAAUAUAUAAAACAUAUAGAAUGAACUAUCUAUACAAUGGGUUUAUACUUCAAUAAGGUGCCACCAUAUUGCUGCUGAUGGACAGAGUUUAAAUAUUUUAUUAAGGUUGUGUUUAUUUAUGUCGGGAGGAUCGGGAUCUGGUCGCCGCCGACAACCACAUGUGAAUGUCCUGGAUUAGAAUUGAUCUGCUUCUCUGUUUUUUUCUUUCUUUCUAUGGCUGAGAUAUAUUUAAAGUAAAAUAUAGAUGAAAGAUAAAAUAGUUUUAUGAGAUUAGGGGUUGUGUGUUAGAUUCUGUCUGGUUGUGUGUUAGAUUCUGUCUGGUUGUGUGGAGUCCUGGACAGAGAGAAGAGAAUAGCACAUGUAUAAGCAAUAAGCAGGCAGUUUGUUCCUCUAGGACUUCAAAUAUAAUGUACAUAAAUGUAAAGUUUCAUUGUGUAAAUGAUGUACACCAUAGAAAGAGCAGAGCAGAAAUUGUAACUGAGGUUAUUAUUAUUAGAGUUAAUAUGCAAAAUGUUCAUAUCUCAUCUGUUUUAUAUCAUGUGAAAUAAAUGUUGAUGUUCUUAA